CUGUCUGUCUCCCAACAAAACCAUUGCAAAAGCUCUCUCCCCUUUCACUUUCUCACACAAUCCUCAACACCACCAUUUCUCUCUCUCUGCCCCUUCUUUCCUUUCACUUUUUCUCAGUCUUUAAUUGCUGCAAGCAUCAAAAUUCCGCGUUAAACUAUAGUGGGUUGGUGCAAGUUUCCAUUUUCCUCCUCUUUUUGGCUGUCAAAAAGAUACCCAGUUGGAAAAGUCUUCAUUUUUUUUGGCUCUUGUCUGUUAAAACUUGAUUCUAGUUUCACUCCUAAAACAUUGUCCAUCUGGGUCUUGGUGAUAGUGAGACUCAAGAGAAUUUCAGUGAGAAUGAUGUACAAGAAGAGUUGUAACUUCCAGUUGGAAAUCAUGGAGUUGUGCUUGAAUUGGUGAUCAUGGAAUUUUGGAUUUGAUUGGGGGCCAAACUUUUGUGUGUUGAGCUUUUUUUUAUGGGAUUAUUACCAAACUUUUCCAUCACGUUUAAUCAUUCAACUUUAACUUUUUUCUAUUGGAAGAAAGCGUGGGAAUCACUGAACCACUGAGCUGUAAAUCUGUGGAUAGAUGCAUCAAAUUUGCCUUUUCUUUUGUGGGAAGUGGAUAACUGAGUUAAGGUCUCUGCAUGAAGCUUGUAUUGCCCUUGUGAGCUCCACUCAGUUGGGAAACUUGGGGAACUGAAAUUGGAAUUUUUGGAUGCUUUGUGAGUGGACUCAUGAAGCUGCAUCUUUGUCUUUUGCUCUUUCAGCAUGUUGAGUCAAAAAGUCCCUGAAUAAGAGGUUGAGCAAGAUUAUACCUCUGAGGAGUUGUGUUAAAAUUGGCAAAAUAAGGAUAUAAGAAAGUCAACUGUGCCAAUCAAUAUGCCAAAGAGGUCCAAAAGAUUCCCUGUCCAGUAUGAGAAAGACCAGUCAGGUUGUAUGUGGGGUUUUAUCAGUAUAUUUGAUUUUCGCCAUGGCCGCUCUACUUGGAAGUUAAUUGCAGAUCGGAGUCACAGCAGCAGGCAUGCUGUUGGUUCUAUACUUGCCAAGAACAAGUUUGAGACAUUGAGCAAUUUGGAUGAAGAAUAUCAGGGCAAUUUUUUUCAGGACAGAGUAGAGAGUAAAAGACUAACAGUGACAACUGAUGCUGAUAAGCUUAGUGUGAAGAAACUUAUAGAAGAAGAAAUGUUCAUUGACCAGGAUGAUGUAAAGGAUCAAGUUAAUGCUGAAGUAGAAUCAAAGCAAUCCAGAUCAGGGCGUGAAGACUCCCUGAAGACAGAUUCCAAAAGAAAAAAGAAAUCUCGCAAGAAAAGCGCCGAUAUGGAUAGCCGUGAGUUGAAUGCAACCUUGAAACCUGAGCUCUUACAUAAUCAGCAUUUAAAGCAGCAAUCAAAAGAUGACAUUGAUUUGGACAAGAUAAUGGAAGAUUUUUGUGAUAUUGAACGUGCUUGUUCCAUGAUGCAUGAGGACAAUGAUGGCAAAGUUCACGCACAAUCAGACCCAAAACAUGUUAUCUCUGAAGACCUUGCAAAAGAUGCAAUACAUGACUUCGUGAAUCAUAUGAUAUUGAAUGGGAAAGAUCUGGUAGAAGAUAGAAAAUUCCUUUGCUCACAGGAACUCGUGGAAGCCCUUCGGGUUAUAAGCUCAGAUAAGGAAUUGUCUCUCAGACUUCUGCACGACCCGAACUCUCACUUAUUGAAAUAUAUUCAGGAGGUUGAAAAUGCUAAAGGGGGAAGUGACGAAGAAUACAGUUCAAUUACUAGCUCCAACUUAUCCAAACAAGACCAUGGAAAUCUGAAACAAACUAGCGAGAUUGUCAACCGCAAGCAUCUUAAAUUUUUGAGGAAGAAGGUAAAGUCUCAAUCAAAAGGUCCAACAAAUAAAAAUGAGAAGAGCGAGUUUUCAAACAGAAUUGUCAUUCUGAAACCUGCGCUAACGGGCAUGCAAAAUUCUGAAAGUGAAAACAACCUUGCUUCAUCACUGGAAUCUCAGGAUAUUGUCCAUUACAAAGGCCCUCCAGUAAGAGCAAGUUCACAUUUUUCACUUAAAGAGAUAAAGAAGAAAUUAAAGCAUGCUAUCGGAAAGGAGAGGCAUGGAAACCCUGAACUCGCUGCUGAACAUAAAAAAAAGGAAGCAGGAGGCAAAGCCAUUGGUAAAGCUAGUCUUGGAAUGAGAUCUCCUAGUAAAGAACAUUUCUUCAUUGAAAAGAUUGCAAGACCUAUGUUUGAUGUUAUGAAAGGAAACAAGACAAGUACAUUGAAAUACUCUGUGGAACAUGAAAGUGAUGCUCCCAAAGAUAGGGUUUCUAACAUAUAUAUUGAGGCCAAGAAACAUCUCUGUGAAAUGCUGGAUAAUGGAGAUGAGAACACAAGCAUUUCAAGCAGGCAGAUUCCCAAAACCCUUGGGAAAAUUCUCUCACUUCCCGAGUACAGCUUUUCUCCUCUUGGAAGUCCUGCAAGGAAUAUGGAGCACCAUUUUGUGACUGCACAGGCGAGAUUUCCCACUUCAGAUAAAACUUGUGAGGUUAAUGAGGAUAACUCUUCUCCCAAACAAGCAACCUCUACUGGUCAUGUGGAUCAGGAAACAGACAAUUCAGAGAACCAGACAAGCAUUUAUGAUGAAAGCUCUAAAAUUGAAGUGCAAAAAAUAAAGUCUGAGUCAACUCUCUCGCGUGAUCCUGGUCAAGUUUAUACUAAUGAAGAUAAUUUAGAAUCUACAGAAGAGAAAAGUGUUCUGGAAUCUUCCAGGGAUCCUACUGGCUUCAUUGCAGGGAAGGACCAAAAUAAUGAUAUCUCACAAAUUCCUGAUAGUGCUAGAUGUUCUGAAUUUUUGAAUGAGGAUGUUGCAGAAGAGAUCCAACCAUCGUCACCACUCUCACCCCCUUCUCGCUCUUCCAUCCCUAAGAAACUUGAAGAGCUACCAAGUCCUGUUUCUGUGCUCGAUACACUGUUCACAGAAGAUGACUUCAGCCCUGGGUUCUCCAGAUGUCAACCUGUUAAAUUAUCAGCACAACCAAUACAAAUUCAAUUUGAAGAACACGACUCUUCAACCACGGAUCAAUUUGAUAGAGGAAAGUAUCGUGUUGAAGAAAAUGAAUUGAUAUAUGACUACAUUAAUGCUGUCUUUCAUGCCUCUGGCUUGACUCGAGAUCAAUUGUUCAUGAAAUGCCUUUCCUCAGACAACAUACUAGAUCCUUCCCUGUUUGAUCAGAUUGAGUUCUUCUCAAAUCUACUUCGACACGACCAGAAGCUCCUAUUUGAUUGCAUCAAUGAAGUUCUCAUGGAGAUUUGUUGGCAUUACUUUGGGGUCUCGCCUUGGGCAUCAUUUGUAAAUCCUAGCAUUAGACCAACUCCAAGUAUGAAGAAGGUUAUUCUCAAGGUCUGGGAAGGAGUGUGCUGGCAUGUCCUUCCCUUGCCCCCGCCACAUACUUUGGAGCAAAUUGUGAGGAAAGACAUGGAGAGAAAUGGAGCAUGGAUGGACCUUCGAGUUCAUGCUGAAACAGUUGGUUUUGAAAUGGGCGAGGUGAUUCUCGCCGAACUGAUCGAAGAUACAAUUUUGAGCCUUGUGAGUGAGGGUACAGAAAGUAGUUCUUUUCUGCUUCAAUUUGAAUUGAAGGACAAUGAGAGGAGCACUGGCUGAAACUGCUUUCUGUCCAUAGUUGGAGCUUGAUACUGUUUCUGUUCACCAUAACUAACUGAUAUCAGAUAGUGUAACGUGAGUGUGAAUGAGGAUACUCAAUAAAGAACCUCAACUCAAAGGUGAAAACAGGAAGCCAGUUGCAGUUGCUACUUGCAAAAGAACAGAACUAGGCUUGUUUUCAAAGACAAACAGAAAGAAAUAGUUUUAUUCGGUGUGGGACUCAUUUCACCAAGUGAAGGCCCAAAGGUGUUUGGUUGUAGAUUUUGUAAAGUUUGAUUUUCUGAUCACCUUAGCUUGUGUGUUGUAAUUUUGUUUGAUAUCAUCCUUCUUUGUAUAUUUGCUUUUUGGUUAACCCAGAUUGUAUUCAUAGUGUGGAAAUAAUGGAAUGUGAAUUCAGCUUGGUGUA